AUGAAGCGCGUAGGGACUCUUCGCCUGCUCUCAGACCUCAGUGACUUCAGCAGUGCAGCCCGCCUCCGAGAGUUGCUGGCCGAGGACCCGCCUGUCCGAGUCCGCUGCAGCCCGGACGGCCGUCACCUGCUGCUGCUACGACCCCCGGGGGCGCCGGCCCCGCAGCUGCUGGUUGCAGUGCGUGGGCCUGGCGAGGAGUUAGAGCGUGCCUGGCCGGCUGGCCACCCCCAACCACUGGACGCCUUCUUCCUAUCGUGGCCUGCGCGGCCGGUGCUUGUCCUGGUCUGGGAGAGUGGCUUGACUGAGGUGUGGGGCGAGGGGGUGGGGCCUGGCUGGAGGCUGCUGCAGAGCACCGAGCUGUGUCUGAGCGGUGGAGCCCGUGUGGUGGCCGUGGCAGCGCCCCGAGGCCACCUGGUGUGGUGUGAGGAGUGUCAGGUGGGAGCUUUGGGGCAGUCCACAGCCUCCUUCAGCCACCGCGUGUGUGUCCGGACUCUGGAGCCUAGCGGGGAGGCAAUCCCUACGCUGGGCCGCACACACAUCAUGCUGCACCACUGCCCCCCUUUGGGGUUGCUGGCCUCAGGCAGGGACCUCUUCCUGGUACCCACUGCCACCACCUUUCCUGGGGUGGCCCACAUUCUGCUCAUCUGGACCCCAGGCAAGGGCAAGGUGAUGGUGUCUGCCCCAUAUCUUGGCCUCACCUACAGUAAGAGCCUGAAUCCUGGACGAAGGGAUACAUGGGACUUCCGGAUCCUACUCCGAGGCCUUCCUGGACUGCUGUCUGCCAGGCAGCCAUUGGCUGUUCAUACAUGGACUGCAACCCCUCGGGGCCUGUUGUUACUUGAUUUCAGGGGCACUGUGAGCCUGGUGCCUUCCCAUGGAAGUACACGACCUGUGGGAACCCUGCUUGAGGCACCGGUAGGUCCUCAGGGGUCUGCAUCCCUGGGAACUUUUCAAGGUACUCUGGCCUGUGUGCUGGGCUCCACUUUGGAACUUCUAGACAUGGGCAGUGGGCAACUGCUUGAGAGGAAGGUGCUGAGUACAGACCGAGUGCAUCUCCUGGAGCCCUUAGCCACUGGCCUGAAGGAUGAGAAAGAGCUGGAGUCCCGGGGGAGUCUUCGUUUGCUUUCAGCCAUGGGUCUUUUUCUGGUGGGCUGGGAAGCCCCACAGGGUCUUGUGCUGCCUUCAGUGGAAGACUUGGUGUUUGAGGAGGCUUGUGCGUACUACCAGCGGCGGAGCCUGAGGGGUGCUCAGCUCACUCCAGAGGAAUUGAGACAUAACAGCACCUUCCGGGCUCCUCAGAUCCUGGCUUCCGUCCUCCAGGGCCACUUGCCCCCAUCUUCACUGUUGACCUCACUGAGGACUGAGCUUCGGAACUACCGGGGCUUAGAACAGCUCAAGGCCCAGCUGGUGGCUGGAGAUGAUGAAGAGGCUAGUUGCUCUGAGUUGGCAGAACAGGAGGUGGCACGCCUGCUGAAGACCGAGUUGAUGGGAGACCAGCUGGCCCAGCUUAACACCCUUUUCCAAGCCCUUCCUGUAGCUGCCUGGGGAGCCAUCCACAGGGCCCUGAAGCUCCAACCAGACAGGGAUGGCAGGCUGAGGUCCCAAGCUUCCCCUGAUGUGUGGAAGAAGGUGCUGGGGGGUACAGCAGCUGGAAAGCAGCCCCCCAAUGGGGUACUGCCCCCCUUUGAACUCUUGUGCCAGUGCCUAUGCAAGCUGCAACCACAAUGGUUGCCACCCUUUGUGGAGCUAGCACAACAGCAGGGCGGGCCAGGCUGGGGAGCCGGGGACCCAGGGCUGCCCCUGUAUCGCCGAGCCCUGGCAGUACUAGGUGAGGAGGGGGCCAGACCUGAGGCACUGGAACUGGAGCUACUCUUGGGCAGUGGACGGCCCAAGGCCGUACUCCAGGCUGUAAGGCAGCUGGUGCAAAAGGAGCAGUGGGAACGGGCUCUGCAGGCUGGCUUGGCCCUUGGCCCCUCCAGCCCCCUGCUUCAAAGUGAGAUCUUCAAACUGCUGCUGGCUGAGUUUGCCCGACACCGCCGGCUUGAUACCCACUUCCCCCUCCUUUGCCGCCUGUGCCCACCAGACCUGGCUCCAGCUGAGCUCCUGCUUCUACUGCAGACACACCUGCCAGAUGAAGCAGGUCCCCCAACUCCAUUCCCUGCACCUGGGGCAGAGCCCACUCUCACUGUGGGCUUUCUCAGAACCCUGCUGAUGCAGACUGGGGCUCAAGGACAGCCCUCAGGCCCAGUUCUAAGCCCAUAUGAGGACAUUCUGUGGGACCCAGGUACUCCACCUCCCACUCCACCUCGGGGACCUAUGACCACCCUCCAGGUACCAGACCACCCAGGCCUGGAGGCCUGGGGAUCAUCUGGACAGGUUUGUGUGACUGACACAAGCUGA